UGGACCGCGGCAGAGGCAGCAGCAGCACCUGGACCAUGGCGGAGGACGGGCCGAAGCAGCCACAGAUCAGCAUGCCGCUGGUCCUGGAUGAGGCCCUGACCAAGCAGAUGCGGCUGCGCGUGGAGAGCCUAAAGCAGCGCGGGGAGAAGCGCCAGGACGGGGAGAAGCUGCUGCGGCCGGCGGAGUUCGUGUACCGCCUCGACUUCAUCCAGCAGCAGAAGCUGCAGUUUGAGCGCUGGGACGUCCUGCUGGACAAGCCGGGCAAGGUCACCAUCACGGGCACCUCCCAGAACUGGACGCCCGACCUCACCAACCUCAUGACGCGCCAGCUGCUGGAACCCGCGGCCAUCUUCUGGCGCAUGGAAGGCUCGGAUGCCGUGGAUUGGAACGAGGCCGACGCCCUGGAGUUCGGGGAGCGCCUGUCGGAACUGGCCAAGAUCCGCAAGGUCAUGUACUUCCUCAUCACCUUCGGCGAGGGCAUGGAGCCCGCCAACCUCAAGGCCUCCGUGGUCUUUAACCAGCUCUGAGGCAGCUGCUCACUGCUGCCCCCUGCUCUCGCCCAUCUGCCCUGCCCCCCGCCCCCGCCCCCAGGUGUGUAUUUGGGGACCUGUUUCUAGUUGCUGUCCUGUGCUCAGCGUGGCCGGGACCCCCAGGCCUGUGUCCU